UUAUGAAAGAUCAAGGAAGCUUCUCAAAACUUUUCCUCAACUCAUUCGUAAGUAUCUCAUUUUUUUGGUGGGAAUAUUUGGGAUAUAUAUAAGAAAAAAGGAGAUUGGGGGAAGAGAGGAAGUCUCCGUCCCUUCCUUCCUCCUCCAUCUCACUGCUCGCGCGUAGAUGACACCUUGAAGCAAAGCUGACCCCAUAUCUUCUCCGUCGCAUAGACCCAUCCAGAAAACAAAGACACUGCACACAAAGCAAAAAACGCUGAAAUCAGAAUUUGCAUAUGCGCCCAGCCCAGGCCAACCCACCCCGGAAAUCUCCACUGAUUGUGUCAUCGGCUUCCAAGCCCCCUGAAAUAAGAACUGUUGAUCUCUCCAGUGUCCGUCGCUUGUGAAUCUGAGUGAUCGGAAUCGGAUUGAACAGCCUGAUGGUUAAGUCAGACAAGUCUAACAUUUAUAUGAGUUCACAUGAGAAGUACGACACAAUGGCAGUGAUUUCGUUCUAUCUUUCCUUGCCCUCUGUUUAUUGUCAUUGUUAAAUUUCCAUUCCAUUGCUUGAACUAAAUUGUGGAAGCUAGACCAAUAUUCAACCAUUGUUAAUGGAGCGACUGGAAAAUCAUAACAAUUGUGAACACAUUAUUGAUGUUACAAGGAGUGGUGAUGUCUCUGCUUCGUCAUCUAGCUCCUCUCAUGGUAGACCUUUUGACGGCAUAGAUCCAUCACAACAUGAAGAAACAGCUUCCAGUAACAUAAGGACCUCUGUUUCUCAGCCUCCACUUUCUUCCUCCGAUGGAACAAACUCCAGGAACUCCAUAUUUGUAAGGAGAGCAGAAGGGCAUGUCCUCCGUCGCCGCCGCCGGAGCCCAUUGAAUUCUAAGGCAUGGAUAUCCUUUGAAUUUUUUCUUACUGUGGUUCAGAUUGUGGCAUCUAUUGUUGUUUUGUCUUUGUCGAGGCAUGAGCAUCCACAUGCUCCAUUGUUUGCAUGGAUUGUGGGUUAUGCCUCUGGCUGUGUUGCAACACUUCCUGUUCUUUGUUGGCGUUGUUAUCACCGCAACGAGGUUGAACAACAAGAUAUUUCUCAACGCCGUCAUGGUCGUUUCCGUAGAGACUUUCCUAUAGAACCAAUAGUUUCCCUUAGAGUUACUGGGACUUCAGAGGGGGAAGAGAACCGAACCACCAUCACAGCCAACAGAAGUGGUCAAUUUACAGGAGCACUGAGUGCAAGACUCCAGAGACUAGUGGAAUUCUUCAAGAUGGCUUUGGAUUGCUUCUUUGCUGUUUGGUUUGUUGUUGGCAAUGUAUGGGUCUUUGGAGGGCACUCAUCUUCUUCCGAGGCUCCCAACCUGUACAGCUUGUGCAUAGUGUUUCUUACCUUAAGCUGUAUUGGAUAUGCUAUGCCCUUUCUACUAUGUGCAACAAUAUGCUGCUGCCUCCCUUGUUUAAUAUCUGUCCUUGGAAUUGGAGAUGAUCUGAGGCAUACUAGGGGAGCCACACAAGAAUCAAUAAGUGCUCUACCAACAUAUAAGUUCAAGUUGAAGAAAAAUAGGAGUCAUGGAGACAGAGAAAUCAACUUGGCUGCAGGUGAUGGUGGGGUUGUUGCUGCUGGAACAGAAAAGGAGCGUGUGAUCUCAGGGGAAGAUGCUGUUUGCUGCAUUUGCUUGGCAAAAUAUGCAAACAAUGAUGAAUUGAGGGAAUUGUCAUGUUCACAUUUCUUCCACAAGGAGUGUGUGGAUAAGUGGCUAAAAAUCAAUGCUGUGUGUCCCCUCUGCAAGUGUGAGGUGGGUGAGAGCAAUUUGGGUUUACCUUCUGAUACAACUGCUGGGCAGCAGCGGCAUGAGAUUAGAGUGGGGAACAGCUUGGUUAGCUCUCUGUAUUCAUUUUGAAAAUAUAUUGACUCUUUGAACUUUUUAUAUGUACAUAUAUAUAUGAAGUUUGUCAUGCCUUGAACAUGAGGUUUUCAUUUCAGUGGUGAGGCAAGAUUUUUCAGUUGGAGCUGGCCUUGCACAAGCACCAUACACUGGUAAUGUUUAUAGAUGUUGCAGUGAUAGAAGUAAGGCAUGAUAUUUUGCAUUUAUUUGAGCCAACCUGCAGUUUAUUCCCCCACCACAAAACCACAGAAACAUUAUUCUAAUCAUCUGUCAGAUUUUAAGAUUAAAAAUCUUGAGCACAUCUUCCAGAGGAGUGGCCUGCAAUGAGCACUGUAAACAACUUGGAAUGGGCAUUUUCAUGGGAUGCUGAUUACUUUGUGCAAUUCUUCAUUAACAAAACAGGCAUCACUUGUAGUUGUUUGAAAGAUGUAGAAGGUCCUCUGGAGGAAUAAGAUGAGGGGUGGUGGAGUUGCUUUUGAAGGUCCUCAAGCGCAUGCAGUUAGUGAUGCAAAGGAGAGAAGUGAUAAAGACUGAUGGACAUGGAAGAAUUUUGAGAAGGAGAAAGACUUGUAAGCAACGGUUAUUUCAUAUAGAUUUGGAUUCAUUAACUAUCCAAUGUUACAUUAGUACUUAGCACACACAAACGAGAUAUAUAGUUUGGUGUGGUCUUAGUAAUAUAGGUCGUGUACCACUUUAGUAUAUUCAAGCACUGAAAUAAUAUAUUAUGAUUGAUGGGAUCUA